UCUGCGCCGGCAACUGGAUGUGGGUUUCCAGCAGCGCGUUCGAGGCGCUUUUGGACUCGGGCGCGUGCGCCUGCCCCGUGCGGCUCGGGCAGCGCCUCGACCCUAGCGGCGAGUACGUGCGCCGCUACGUGCCCGAGCUGGCGCGCGUGCCCGGCGACUACAUAUACGAACCAUGGAAGGCGCCGAUCGAGGUGCAGGAGCGAGCUAACUGCAUCAUCGGCAGGGACUACCCCGCGCCCGUCGUUAACCACUUGGCCGCCGCGCAGAGAAACCGGAACGCGAUGAAGACGCUACGGCGUUCCAUCUCGAAGCAGAUUCUGAAGGGCGACUGGUUGAAGGCAGUCGGGGAGUUGCGCGAAAUGCUGCAAAAGGCGCCUCCACACUGCUGCCCGUCGUCCGACGAUGAGAUCCGGCAGUUCAUGUGGCUAAGCGAGGAAGGCCAAGCCACGGCUACCGUGGGCUCCAAUUAAAUUGGCUGAGGGUAGCUGCCAAAUACUCAAACGGUAUUCGAUAGUAUUUUGGGUUGAGUUUUCUUGAGUAUUUUAAAUGUGUUAUGUUAUUUUAUUCAUUGAAUUACGAAGGCAGUGCACGAAAAGAUAUAGGAUUAUUUAUAUUUUCUAAGAUUCUUUGAAGUAGUUUUCCUUGAGCAAAGUGAUUGAGGUAUUACUCCAUCUAUGGGAUGUUUGAUUAGGCACAAAUUGGCUUGCUUUAGCGACAGCGCACAUUGAGCGAUAGAUGCCGCCUCAAAACGCAUGCGCGCGUCAUUUCUUAAUAUUAGCAUAAUAACGUAUAAUCUGGGUUUGAUUACAUUAUUCUGGGUUAUUUGUCAGGAAUCACAUAACGUUUAAGUAUUUGGCUGUGCUAAAGAGAGCUGUGUUUUAUUAUAACGGAACGUUAUAAAAGUAAGACUGAAUACGCGGGAUGAGUAGGAAAAUUGAUACUCAAUAUUGUGUGGUUUAAAAACUUACGAAAAGGCCAUUAAAACGUAAUUCAUUCCAAAUUGGUAUUUACUGGAAGAUUCACCAUGGUUCUCUUGAUCAUGAUUGAUUUAUUGAUUUGGGCGUUUUAAAAAAACUGUGCCAAAAUUAUGAAUUUAAUUAGCUGGUCAAAGUAAAAUUCGAUCUGAUUGAAAUUUUACCGUUAGUAAUAUUAUAAGUCAUUUAUUGAUUUUAUUUGUAGGAUGAUUUCUCUUAAUGAGGUUCAUUUAGUCUUAUUUUCUGUUUUAUUUGAUGUUACUGAAAAUGGGAUGUACAAAUGAUUUCCUAUUUCCACUUCCAAUGUGGUACUUUGGAUAUUCUAGGGUAGUGCAUAUUUUAUUGAUGUUGUUUGAAAUCAAAUAUAUUUUUUUGUUAUUCUUAGUUGUUAUCUGAAAAUAGGUUCCACCAAAUGUUUUGUUACUAAAUUUUAAUUAUUGACAAUAUUAUGAAAAAUAUUUGAAUUACCAUUUGAUUUUAUUGAAGUUCCUUUUAAGAAUUUUGUUUUAAUAUAAGGGCUGAUAUUUUUUAUUGUAGUGUUUUAUAUGCCUUUUUUUACUGUAGGUGCAUAAUGUAUGUCAAUAUUCAAUGUCUAAUUAUGUAUUAAUUAAACAUAGUAUUUUAAGAUAAAUAUUUAAAAUAUUAUGCGUAUACAAACAAAAAAACAGAACAUCUGUUUUUUCCCUUUUCAUUACCUCUAUAUCUUUGACAAAGUGACAAAACAAUAACUAAAACUAUAUUACUUACAGUUAAUGUGAAUAAGGAAAAUAUUUUAGAAAAUGUGUUCUUAUGUAUAUUUAUAUUCACUGAACA